AUGGAGAAAAGGAGAGAGCCGGAGAAAAAGAAUGUCUUUGACCGGAGCGAGAGGCAACAGCUGUGGCAGCAACUGAGGUUCCAGUUCCAGCAGUUCCGGAAGCGUCUCUCCACGUCUGGCCUGUUCAACUUCCGAGUUCCGACUUGGCUCGUGCGAGCCGGCAACAAUUUGGGACUCAAACGGCGGCAAGCACGUCCCUGGUGCGUGACCUCAAAUGCCCAGAAGGUUACGGAUGCUCUGAAUUCAACCAAUACCAAUGAACACGAUCCUGCUGCGAAGCGUCGUCGCAGUCUCGAUCCCACGCUUCCACUCGCCAUCAUGAACUCGAAACCCAAGAAUUGGACGAAGAAAAGAUAGGAAACGAGAAUGACAAGAAACUGACAUGAAUCCAUGAACGUGUGUCUAAAUUUCUCUGCUUACGACGAUUUCCGGAAACAGUUGUCGACGAGGAAUUCGACGAAUGCGGUGAAGAGGGAAAGAACAAGUUUCCGUGUUCAUUCUCCAGCUGACGCGUUCGUCAAAAAAGAAAACAGAGAAGUUUCGGCGUUUCCUCUUUUUUUUUCAUGGACACAAAAAUCGAUUUUACGGGAUCAAGUGAUAAGUUCGUUUUUCGUUGACGUUUUGUUUUGUUUGUUAUUGUUGUAUUGCGUGUUUUUGUUGUUUUUGCGGAGGUAUUUAUUUAUUUAUGGUUUGUUUGCCCGCCUUUUUAUCAUGUCAAUGAGUACCUCCAGGAUUGUUGAUACAAUGACAUAUACGGAACAUAUUUUGAACAGAA